AUCGGCAUGAUACUGCCAUCUAUUGGAAGUUAUUCACCUUUCAGGACACAAAGUUGUCUCAUCAAUUGGGUAACUUCUCAGUUCCUUUGAAAUACGAAACACAUGAUUGUUUAGACUUGUUGAUUUCUUUAGAAAAGUGGGUGUGUUUUAGAAUUUGCUGGGAGUUGUUUGCAGCCAUAAAUACCAGCUCCUCGAUCUCCUGAUAUUACUCUAUCAAGCUGCAGUGACAGCCACUGUAAGAAGUUACAUAGAAGCUGAAACCAGUUGGGACUCGCUUUUCGUUGAGGGCCAAUCUACCAACAAUCAACAAUGAAAUGCAGUCUUGGACACAGCCACAGGCACCGCCUCUCUUCUUUUACUGCAAAAGGCUUCACCUCCUCAUGGGCAAGGCUAAUACUUAGGAGUCAUUAGAGCCACAAAGCACCUUUCUCCUAAAGUCUCACCCUUAUCAAGCUGGCUCAGACAGAGGUCCCCUGUAGCAUAACUGAAGAUGUACCCCCAUCUUCCACUCAAUCCAUAAGGCUCUGGGGGCCACACCUUCUGAAGACACUAAAGUGGUGGGUACUGCAGGGAUGCAUCACAUUUCCCUUUGGAGAAUCAGCCCGAAUGCAUCUCCGUUCAUGUCGGCCAGGCUGGUGUUCAGAUAGGAAACACCUGUUGGGAGCUCUACUGUCUAGAGCAUGGAAUCCAGCCAGAUGGCCAAAUGCCUAGUGACAAGCCUAUAGGUGGCAACAAUCAUUGCUCUAGUGCUUUAUUCAGUGAAACGGAGGCUGGGAAGUAUGUCCCCAGGGCAAUCUUUGUUGACCUGGAGCCCACUGUCAUAGAUGAAGUUCGAACAGGAACAUAUCGUCAACUAUUUCACCCUGAACAGCUGAUCUCAGGAAAGGAGGAUGCAGCUAACAACUAUGCCCGUGGACGCUACACCAUUGGGAGAGAGAUCAUUGACUCUGUCGUUGACAGGAUCCGCAAACUGGCUGAUCAGUGCAAUGGUCUUCAAGGAUUCUUGGUCUUCCAUUCCUUUGGUGGAGGAACUGGUUCUGGCUUCACCUCCCUGCUGAUGGAGAGAAUCUCUGUUGAGUUUCGCAAAAAGUCAAAGCUUCAACUGGCUGUUUCCCCUGCCCCUCGUGUUUCCACAGCAGUGGUAGAACCUUACAAUUCCAUCCUGACUGCCCACACCACCCUGGAGGACUCUGACUGUGUCUUCAUGGUGGACAAUGAAGCCAUUUAUGACAUUUAUCAAAGAAACCUUAAUAUUGAACGUCCUUCCUACACCAACAUCAACCGCCUUAUAAGCCAAAUAGUCUCAUCCAUUACAGCGUCACUUCGUUUUGAUGGAGCCCUGAAUGUUGACCUGACAGACUUCCAAACCAACUUGGUGCCUUACCCUCGUAUCCAUUUCUCUCUGGCCGCCUAUGCCCCGGUCAUCUCUGCUGAGAAACCCUACCAUGAGCAGCUGUCUGUGGCUGAAAUCUCCAAUGAGUGCUUUGAACCCUCAAACCAGAUGCUAAAAUGUGAUACUCGUCAUGGUAAAUACAUGCUCUGUUGUCUGAUGUAUCGUGGUGAUGUGGUGUCCAGAGAUAUCAACUCUGCUAUCAGAGCAAUCAAGACCAAACGCACCAUUCAGUUUGUGGAUUGGUUGCCCACAAAUUUCAAGAUGGGCAUCAACUACCAGCCUCCAACUGUGGUUCCUGGUGGAGACCUGGCCAAGGUGCAGAGGGCUGUGUGUAUGCUAAGCAACACCACAGCCAUCGCUGAGGCCUGGGCCCGACUGGACCACAAGUUUGACCUAAUGUACGCCAAGAAAGCAUUUGUUCACUGGUAUGUUGGGGAGGGCAUGGAGGAAGGAGAGUUCUUAGAGGCCAGAGAAGAUAUGGCUACUCUGGAGAAGGAUUAUGAAGAGGUGGCAGGUAUCAAUUCAUUUGAAGAUGAUGAUGAAUAUUAAAAUGCAUUAUAUCUUAUUUGCUAUUUUCUGGGAUAAAACUAAUACUGGUUAUUUAUUAUUUGUAAAAGUGAGAUUAAAAUGUUAAAUUCUAAUCAAUUUACUUUUCUUCAAUUUACCUACAGACUCUGUAGGUUGUUUAGUUUGUAUCACUAUGAUAAAAUGUAAAAUAAACUGUUUUGAACUGUUGUUGCUCAAAAAAU